AUGCCUUCGAGCUCGCGCCCUUCCAAGAUACACUACAGCUCCUCGUCCUCCUCCGACUCCGAUCUCUCCUCAGCGUCCUCAUCCUACAGACACAGCAUGGACUCCGUCUCCAGGCCCAUCGCCUCAGUAGAGGUCCUCCGCUGCCUGCGCUGCGCGAGGGCCGUCGAGGCCACCUCCACCGACGACUCCAGCUCGACGGGAAUGGGCACAUUAGCAUGCUCCAUGUCACCUCCGGCAAAGGCCAACCCCAACGACAUGGGUGAGGCAUCACAUGCGAAGGAUGAACCUAAACCAAAAGGCACCUCCACGCCAGGCAUCACUGCACGAGCACAGCUCGGCUCGGCUCUGACCUGA